UACUGCAGCCAACAUGAGUGGGUAUAAGUGGGCUGAAGAUGACUUUAUGCCACUAGGGGUGUGUCGGCUCCUCACCCCACAGCCGGAGGAUGAUCGUACCUACAUGAUGUACCAUGGCACCACCAGGGCGAAUGCUCAGGCCAUCCUUAACGCAGGUUUUCGUCAAUCUGAAGAUGGGAUGCUCGGUGCUGGUGUCUACCUCAGCAGAGACCUGGAGAAGGCAAAACGCUAUCCUCUUGAUUGCUCUGAGAAUAACAAGGUUGUCAUUAAGGUUAAGGUCAAUGUUGGAAAAGUGAUUGCCAUCAAUCGUCAGCACCACCCGCUCCAGAAGACCUGGAGUGACCAUGGAUACGACACCGCCUGGGUGCCACCCAACUGUGGGAUGGUGCCAAGUGGCCUGGAGGAAAACUGCAUCUGGGAUCCCAGACAAAUUAAUAUCAUUAAUCUCAUCAAACCGAGCCCAAGCUACCCCCACCUCAACCUUACAAUGGUGAGCCCGGAACCUCCGGAGGAUGGUCGAACCUACACGAUGUACCAUGGCACCACCAGGGAGAAUGCUCAGGUCAUCCUCAGCAGAGGUUUUACCCAAUCUGAAGGUGGGAUGCUCGGUGCUGGUGUCUACCUCAGCAGAGAGCGGGAGAAGGCAAAACGCUAUCCUAUUGAUUGGCCUGAGAAUGACAAGGUUGUCAUUAAGGUUAAGGUCAAUGUUGGAAAAGUGAAAGCCAUCAAUCGUCAGGGCCACCCUCUCCAGAAGACCUGGAAUGACCAUGGAUACGACACCGCCUGGGUGCCACCCAACUGUGGGAUGGUGAAGAGUGGCCUGCAGGAAAACUGCAUCUGGGAUCCCAGCCGAAUUACAAUCGUUGAGGUCAUCUAACCAGUUCCCCACCCCAACCUUUAUCUACAUGAUUACAUGUAACGAUGCAACCAGCA